AUGUUGAACAUGAGCCUUGUUAUGAUCAGUGAGAAUGUAAAGCUGGCCCGUGAAUAUGCCUUACUGGGAAAUUAUGACUCUGCGAUGGUCUACUACCAGGGAGUUCUUGACCAAAUGAAUAAGUACCUCUACUCUGUCAGAGAUACGUAUCUGCAGCAGAAAUGGCAACAGGUUUGGCAGGAGAUAAGUGUGGAAGCUAAGCAUGUGAAAGAUAUAAUGAAAACACUAGAGAGUUUUAAACUAGACAGUACUCCAUUGAAAGCUUCACAGCAAGAAUUACCAGCUCAUGAUGCAGAAGUCUGGUCUUUGCCAGUACCUACUGAACGUAGACCUUCGCCAGGACCCAGAAAACGUCAGUCUGCUCCAUGCAGUGAUUGCAGAGGUCACAAUAAUCGUGGAAGUGCAGCUGUCAGAGGCCCUCACCGUCCAUCCUCUCGAAAUCCCAAUGAUAAAGGGAAGGUGGUCCGCAGCCGGGAAAAAAAGGAUCAGCAAAAUAAAGGAAAAGAGGAAAAGAACAAAUCCACACCUGAGAUUUCAGAGUCUGAACCAAAGAAAUUUGAUAGUACUGGAUAUGAUAAAGAUUUAGUAGAAGCUUUGGAAAGAGAUAUAAUUUCUCAGAAUCCCAACAUUCGAUGGGAUGACAUUGCUGAUUUAGUAGAAGCCAAAAAGCUGCUUAAAGAAGCUGUAGUUUUACCAAUGUGGAUGCCAGAGUUUUUUAAGGGAAUUAGAAGACCAUGGAAGGGUGUGCUGAUGGUUGGUCCUCCUGGUACUGGAAAGACCCUCCUGGCAAAAGCUGUAGCCACUGAAUGCAAGACUACUUUUUUCAAUGUUUCUUCUUCCACACUUACCUCAAAAUACAGAGGAGAAUCUGAGAAACUUGUUCGUCUGCUGUUUGAAAUGGCUCGAUUUUAUGCCCCGACAACUAUAUUUAUUGAUGAGAUAGACUCCAUCUGUAGUCGCAGGGGAACUUCAGAGGAGCAUGAAGCUAGCCGACGUGUGAAGGCAGAACUGCUAGUUCAGAUGGAUGGUGUUGGAGGGGCUACUGAAAAUGAUGAUCCUUCCAAGAUGGUCAUGGUACUUGCUGCUACUAAUUUUCCUUGGGAUAUUGAUGAAGCCCUGAGACGGAGACUAGAAAAGAGAAUUUACAUUCCUUUACCAUCAGCAAAAGGUAGAGAGGAACUCCUGAGAAUAAAUUUGCGAGAGCUGGAACUGGCUGAUGAUGUUGACCUUGCAAAUAUAGCUGAGAAAAUGGAGGGUUAUUCAGGUGCAGACAUUACCAACGUAUGCAGAGAUGCAUCGUUGAUGGCUAUGAGAAGGCGUAUUGAAGGCUUGACACCAGAAGAAAUAAGAAACCUUUCCCGAGAUGAAAUGCACAUGCCAACAACUAUGGAAGACUUUGAAAUAGCUUUGAAGAAAGUUUCUAAAUCUGUAUCUGCUGCGGACAUUGAGAAAUAUGAGAAGUGGAUAGUUGAAUUUGGAUCAUGCUGAGUUGUCUUAUCUUGAAGAAGCCACCUUACGUCUUAAAACAGCUUUAGAAGUAAUAAGUAGUGUGUCAGUGCACUGCGUGCUCUUUUUAACUUUUGUAAUUUAAGAGCAACAGAUGUCUAAAUAAAUUUUUUUAAAU